CACCAGGAUGAGUGUGGAGAUGGCCGCGCUCUUCACUGCCUAGUCAGUCCCAUGGACCCAACACUGAGAAGAACUCCGGGCCAGCCUCUGCCGAUCCCCACCGCCCAGCCUAAGAAGAAAAGGACCUCAGUGGUAUCUUUCUUUUCCAAGGUCUCUUGGACACUGAGUGUCCAGAGGCAGGAGCCUCUGAAGAAUGUGUUUUUCAUCUUGGCAGAAAGAGCCCAGGACCCCAAUGCUAAAAAGCGUCACAUGGCAAUGAGAGGCCUGGGAGUGAUGGCCUCAGAGACUCCAGACAAGGUGAAAAAAUACAAGAAAAUUGUCCUAGACCUGCUGGUGCAUGGACUGUAUGACCCUGUGAGUGCUGAGGUCAUCCAUGAGAGCGUGAGGACUCUGACCAUCAUCCUGGGCAAAUUCCAGGGGAAAUGUUUGGGCUCCUUCUUCGUAGACAUCACUCUUCAGACCAGGACUUUACUAGAUGAUGAGAAUGACAACCUGAGAUAUUCAGCCUUUGUCCUCUUUGGGCAAUUGGCGGACUCCGUUGGGAGGAAAUGGAAGACAUUUUUCACCAGUCAGGUUAAGCAGACUCAAGAUUCCCUCCUGAUACAUUUACAGGACAGAAACCCCCAGGUGGCCAAGGCUUGCAAAACAACAUUUCGAGCCUGUUCUCCAUAUCUGAAAGAAAGAAAGGAAUACAGCUUCCAGAGUGAAGAAGAUCAAAGAAACCCUAAACUCUUCUGGCAGCUGAGCUACUGUCAUCCAGAGCUCCUACACUUCCUCUAUGCAAAUAAGAUUCUGUAAACACAGAGCAGCAAGGAACUUGUUCCAGUGAGCACCUUGCAGGAGGGCUGAGAGUCCCCCUCUUUGAACUCCUCCAGAAGCUUCUGCUGGCCUCUUGUGAUUGUAAUAGAAAACGAUGCUGGGAGAACAAUUGAUGGCAACGACAUGGAAUUGUAUAAUUAUAUCCCAAGCAAACUCUAAAUUGCUUCUAUAUAUCUCAUUUUCUCCCCUGACACAUUUGAUGAGAAGGUACACGCUUUGUUUGAAACACUUAAAGUCUAUGUAGAUUCAGUGCUUAUUUCUCAGUCUUUUCCUUCUUGAGUUCAUCUUUGUUACCUCUCUUUUAUUUUUAAUUUUAUAUUAAUUUCUGAGGCUUAAGAGAAUAUUACCUGCAGUAUUUUUUAAAAUCUGCUAUUGACACUUUGUUAUUGAUACGUUUUGUUGGCAACAUCUAUUUAAAGUUGGCCAAGGGA